AUGUUGGCCUUCUUGGUUCUCUUGUCUGUGGCCUUUGCAUCAUCUCACGGUGCUAGUGAGCACUUUGAAGGUGAGAAAGUGUUCCGAAUUGAUGUUGAAGAUGAAUAUCAUAUCAACUUGCUACAGAAGUUGGCCAGCAUUACCCAGCUAGACUUCUGGAAACCAGACUCUGUGACACAAAUCAAGCCUCACACAACUGUGGACUUCCGGGCAACAGCAGAAGAUGUCAACACAGUGGAGGACUUCCUGGAGGAGAAUGAAUUCAACUAUGAGGUCUUGAUCAACAACCUGAAACUUGCACUGGAGGGUCAGUUUGACAGUCAGGUCCGCAGCUCUGGACACAGCUACAAGAAAUACAACAACUGGGAAACGAUUGAAGCUUGGACUGAACAAAUUGCCAAUGAUAACCCAGCCCUUGUCACUCGCAGUGUCAUCGGAACCACCUUUGAAGGACGUAAUAUGUAUGUUCUCAAGGUUGGCAAAAGUGGACAAAAUAAGCCUGCCGUUUUCAUGGACUGUGGUUUCCAUGCCCGAGAGUGGAUUUCCCCUGCCUUCUGCCAGUGGUUUGUGAAAGAAGCUGUUCGUACCUAUGGAAGGGAAAUCCACAUGACCGAACUUCUCGAAAAGCUAGACUUCUAUGUUUUGCCUGUGGUCAAUAUUGAUGGCUACGUGUACACCUGGACAAAGAACCGAAUGUGGAGAAAGACCCGUUCUACUCAUCAAGGUUCUGCCUGCAUUGGAACUGACCCUAACAGAAAUUUUGAUGCUGGUUGGUGCACAAUGGGAGCCUCUACUAAGCCUUGUGAUGAUACCUACUGCGGACCUUCUGUAGAAUCUGAGAAAGAGACUAAAGCCCUGGCUGAUUUCAUCCGUAGCAAGCUCCCCUCCAUCAAAGCCUACCUGACUAUCCACUCAUACUCACAGAUGAUGCUGUACCCUUAUUCCUAUGAUUACAAAGUCACCAAGGACAAUGUUGAGUUGAAUGCCCUGGCUAAGGCCACUGUGAAGGAGCUGGCUACACUGCAUGGCACCAAGUACACAUAUGGACCAGGAGCAACAACCAUUUAUCCUGCUGCUGGGGGCUCUGAUGACUGGGCUUAUGACCAAGGAAUCAAGUACUCUUUCACCUUUGAACUCAGAGAUAAAGGCAGAUAUGGCUUUGCUCUCCCUGAAAGUCAGAUCCAACCUACCUGCGAGGAGACCAUGCUAGCCAUCAAGCACAUCGCCAAAUACGUCCUGGACCAUCCAUACUAG